AUGGACGCCGAGAUUCAGGCGCAGAUCCCCGGCUUGGAUCAUGUAAUUUCAGAGUACUCAGUGGGCUACCUGACCCAUGCCUCCAGAGCCUACGUCGAAGAUGCCGACCCAAACGCACCAUCGCCUCUGUCUGAAGCUGCUGACGCUGUGACCGAACUGCUCAUUUCGGCAUCGGGAGACUUUUCGCCAGAAAAUGAAAAAGCGAUCCGCAACCUGGUGGAAAAGUUCAUCAACUCUCUGAGUGCUGCUGAUGGCGUGGAUGCGGAGCGAAGACAAAUACCCUUUGCGGCUAAGAAGCUCGACCAAGCAAUCAAUGUGGGAUCGCAGCGGAACAUGUCCUCGACACUCGGACUGGCUGGCGGAGGCGUCGAUCUAGAGUCUGCAAAUACCAGGAAGGUGGAAUCUCGUGUGGAUCGGAAGAAGCUUGAGAAGGCGGAAAAGAAGAUUCGCGCGAAGCAGGAGAAGAAGGUCAUGAAGAACGUGGAAUAUGAGGCAUCUCGACUGCUCAACGAGCCUGAUUCGACGCAAUCCUAUGAAGAGUUCUACAUGGCUGUCAACCCUCUGCAAAUGGGCGCGGACUCGCAGUCCAAGAGCAAGGACAUCAAGGUGGACGGAAUCGACAUCUCUAUUGGUGGCUUGCGGAUAUUGACGGAUACUUCUUUGACACUGGCUUACGGUCAUCGCUACGGUCUGGUUGGUCAGAACGGUAUCGGAAAGAGUACUCUGCUGCGUGCUUUGAGUCGCAGAGAAGUUGCUAUUCCGACCCAUAUCUCUAUCCUCCACGUGGAGCAGGAGAUUCGCGGAGACGAUACUCCCGCAUUGCAAGCUGUGCUGGAUGCCGAUGUCUGGCGAAAACAUCUACUCCAGGAGCAGGAGAAAAUCUCCAAGGAGCUGGCGGCUAUUGAUGAGGAGAGAGCAUCGUUGGCGGAUACCUCCAAGGAUGCGGCUAAGCUUGACCACCAGCGUGAGGGUCUCGACAUUACUCUGAGCGACAUUCACACGAAGCUCGCGGAGAUGGAAUCAGACAAGGCCGAGUCUCGAGCUGCCAGCAUUCUCGCUGGUCUCGGUUUCUCUCCCGAAAGACAGCAGUUUGCUACGAAGACCUUCUCUGGAGGUUGGAGAAUGAGGCUGGCACUGGCGCGUGCUCUGUUCUGUGAGCCGGACUUGCUGUUGCUCGAUGAACCGUCGAACAUGUUGGAUGUCCCAUCCAUUACGUUCUUAUCCAAUUACUUGCAGGGAUACCCCAGCACUGUCCUUGUGGUAUCUCACGACCGUGCUUUCCUUAACGAAGUCGCAACCGAUAUCAUCCACCAGCACUCAGAGCGGUUGGACUACUAUAGAGGAGCUAACUUUGAUUCCUUCUACGCUACGAAAGAAGAGCGGAGGAAGACUGCAAAGCGCGAAUAUGAGAAGCAAAUGGCAGAGAGAGCACAUCUUCAAGCGUUCAUCGAUAAAUUCAGAUAUAACGCCGCCAAGUCCUCUGAGGCGCAGUCGAGAAUCAAGAAACUCGAGAGGAUGCCUGUGCUUCAGCCUCCCGAGAGCGAAUACACCGUGCAUUUCAAGUUCCCAGAGGUCGAGAAACUAUCGCCGCCCAUCGUCCAGAUGUCCGGUGUUUCCUUCGGAUAUACCCCUGAUCGGCCUCUGCUUAAGAACGUCGAUCUCGAUGUCCAACUGGAUUCCCGUAUCGGUAUUGUUGGACCGAACGGAGCUGGUAAGACAACUGUUCUCAAACUGCUGAUCGGCCAGCUACAGCCGUCCAGCGGCACGAUAUCUCAGAAUCCCCGACUGCGCAUUGGCUUCUUUGCUCAGCACCACGUUGAUGCAUUGGAUCUUACGGCAAGUGCGGUCGGUUUCAUGGCGAAAACCUAUCCUGGUAAGACGGAUGAGGAAUACCGGAGACAUUUGGGAGCAUUCGGUAUUACCGGUAUGACUGGUCUCCAGCGAAUGGAGCUUCUGUCCGGAGGUCAGAAGUCCCGUGUAGCAUUCGCUUGUAUCUCUUUGACCAACCCGCACAUCCUCGUUAUGGACGAGCCUUCUAACCACCUGGAUAUCGAAGCCAUGGACGCGUUGUCAGACGCUUUGCGGAACUUCCAGGGAGGUGUCCUGAUGGUCUCCCACGACGUGACAUUGCUGCAGAAUGUCUGCACCAGUCUGUGGGUCUGUGACAAGGGCACCGUGGAGAAGUUUGACGGAGAUGUCAAUGCUUAUAAGAAGAAGAUCACUUCACAAGCAAACGAGGCUGGUGUGGUGGCAGCUCACUAA